CAAUUUCUACGAAACGAUUGGCGAUGAUCAAAUGUCUUGAACCUGCUUAUGAUGUGCAGAACGAAAAAAUGGCAAACCUUGUUGAUAAAGCGAUUAACGAUUCAUCUUCAUUAACCUCUCCUGGAAAAAAGGAAGUCAAAAUGGGUGAAAUGGUAAACCCUUCGCCAGACGUCCACGAUGCUUCAAAUCUUCUAGAUAGCAUUGACUUUGCUGUUCUAGAACUUUUCGAGGCAGUGACUCCGCAAGACUGGAUUCUUGCCUUUGAAGUUUUGGAGACACAAUCUGCCAGCGUUUUGGGAUGGUAUCCGAAAAAGCAAACAAGUUCUACAUCCGACGACGAAAUUCUUAUAACAGAUAUAUUUACCACAUUACAUAGUACCGAACGAACAGGAAAUUCUGAAGAAAAUGUCCUUCGUUCUCUUCCGCUUUCAAUACAGGCACUUUUACGUAUUCACAAUGCCAUACGCAAAUGGGUGAUUCAAGAAGUUGCAUCGCCUUCAAUUGAAAUUGAGCUGCGAGCCAACAGGAUAAAUGUUUUUCUUGACAUGAUUUUGCUAAGCAGAAAACGGAUGGUUAAAUUGGAAGUUUAUCCCAAGGAAAUUGGUAAUAAUGAGUCCGAAGUAAAGAGAAGCGUCCCCUCAUUUGUCGAAAGUGCAAUAGUUAGUGCCUUAAUAAGCCCAGAAAGUAGACUAUUUACAAGAGCUUGGUCAGAAGUAACCAUAAGUCGUCACGGUAGCAUAGAAUCUCUCAAGUCCAUAUUACAAAAUGGUUUAACCAAGACUUAUCCCACUAGUUCCAACCCGGCAAUAGUACCAUGCAUUGGAUGGUUAUUCGAGAGAAUGCUGGAAAUAUGUUGCAAUAUUCCAGACAUGUCAUUUGAAUCCGAAAAAUUAAUAAAUUACGAUAAACGUCGUUACGUGUACAACCUGAUACAAAUAUUUGUUAGGCUACAAC